GUCGUUGCUGUCGUUGCUGUCGUUUCCGUCGUCGUCGUAGUCUUUAGCGUCGGAUCUAAAAACCGUCUGCACCGAGCCGAUCUGAGAAGUGUUCCGAUCCGAUUCGUCGCGCUGCCGUCGAUUGUGAUUUGAUUUGAGUUGAUUUGCUUUGCUUUGCUUUGGAUUUGAGUUUGAAUUCGAAAUGCGGCCGUCGCUGUAAUCGGGAAUACUGAGUGUUAAAUCAAAAGCCAGUGCUGAAUGAAUGCACAGCCCGAAAUGAUACACAAGCUUCCUCCCCCCAUUCAUGACCAGUGUGAAAAGUAAUCAAAGAUAUAUAUAGAGAGAGAGAUCAAGAAAAAGAGAGUGCAAAAUAGAGUUAAAGUGCUAAAGAAAAGCGGAUUGCUACCUCGCAGCUGGAAAAGGAUUUACGCGCUCAAAAGUUUAAGAAACAACAACGAACUGAACAGCAAUUAAAACUUUGUUUACGUGUAAUUAAAUUAAUCAAUCAAUCACACACACACACACACACACAUAUAUAUCAACCAAUACACACCCAUUAUCGAGUGUCUAAGAUUUCGAUUGAAGCCUUGAUCGUUCUCAGAUUGUAUCGAAUUUCCUUACCGCGGGUCCAGCCACCAGAAAAGCCUUCAAAAUUCUUGAUAAAGUGGCCUCAAUAGGCGCCAACACGCUCAAUUUUACGGACCUAGGGAGCCCCUACGAGGGGCCUCCCAGCACCCCCCAGUCGGGCAUGGACGCCCCCGAUGCCCCCCACACGCCCAAAUACAUGGACGGUGGCAACACCGCGGCCAGCGUCACGCCCGGCGUCAACAUACCCGGAAAGUCAGCCUUCGUCGAGCUCCAGCAACAUGCCGCCGCCGGGUACGGCGGCAUACGGAGCACCUACCAACACUUCGGUCCACAAGGAGGCCAGGACUCAGGAUUCCCGAGUCCGCGCAGCGCCCUCGGCUACCCGUUCCCGCCCAUGCAUCAGAACUCCUACUCCGGCUAUCACCUGGGCAGCUAUGCCCCGCCCUGCUCCAGUCCGCCCAAGGAUGACUUUUCCAUCUCGGACAAGUGCGAGGAGUCCGGCCUCCGGGUCAACGGCAAGGGGAAGAAGAUGCGCAAGCCCCGCACCAUCUACAGCUCGCUGCAGCUGCAGCAGCUCAACCGACGGUUCCAGCGCACCCAAUACCUGGCCCUGCCCGAGCGGGCCGAGCUGGCGGCGAGUCUGGGCCUCACGCAAACGCAGGUGAAAAUCUGGUUCCAGAACCGCCGCUCCAAGUACAAAAAGAUGAUGAAGGCGGCCCAGGGUCCGGGCACCAACAGCGGCAUGCCUCUGGGCGGAGGUGGACCCAAUCCUGGUCAGCAUAGUCCCAAUCAAAUGCACAGUGGCGGUAAUAACGGCGGCGGCUCGAACAGCGGCUCCCCCUCACAUUAUCUACCUCCCGGACACAGUCCAACGCCAUCGAGUACGCCCGUGUCCGAGCUAUCACCUGAAUUCCCCCCAACGGGUCUCAGUCCGCCAACGCAAGCACCGUGGGACCAGAAACCCCACUGGAUCGACCACAAGCCGCCACCGCAAAUGACGCCGCAGCCACCUCAUCCAGCGGCGGCAGCGCCACAUCCGCAGUCGCACCACCACAACCCGCCACCCCAAAUGGGUGGCUACGUGCCCCAGUAUUGGUAUCAGCCCGAGACGAAUCCAUCAUUACUAACCGUUUGGCCGGCGGUCUAACAGCAUCCGAGCACGCUGCCCUCGGCUGCCUGGAUGCAGCAUCAUCACCACCACCACCAGCAGCAGCAGCAGCACCAGUCGCAUCUCCACCAAUCCUGCCCAGACCUGGAUAUGCAGCAGCACCAGCUGCAACUAGGCCUCCAGCAGCAUCGGCAGGACUAUGCCAGCGGGCCGCUGGGUGGUGGCGUGGGCGGGGCAGUGCAUCACACAAUAUCUUAGCCAAUAACAAAACCAUGAUAGCAACCUGUAAAAUAUCCAUGAAACUAUUGACAAAACCCAACAAACGAAGAGAGGAAAACUUAAGAGCUAAAGCAAGAAUUUUGUACAUUUUAAAAAUACUAUAAAUAUGUUUACCAACGUGAAUAAAGUCGUUCUAAACUUUAGUCUAGCUACUAUCUAAAACACACAAACACAAAAUCUAUAAAAAAAAGAAACACAACUUAAAAAACAUUCCUCAAGAGAAACACAAACAAAAACACAGAAGCAAGUAUGAAACGUGUCCUUUAAUUUUGUUUAAUUUAGCAAAUUAACUUAUGUAUAAACCUAUCUAUAUAUGAAACAAACAACAAAAC